GCUCGUGAGUCUGAAAGCUUCAAUUAAAGGGAGCGUAGAAGAAGAACCAACACCAGCGAAGAAGAACCUGAGGAAGUAUCUCUGAGUGACGGGACUCCAGGAGAGCCCUGCGUGAACUUCCGGUGUACUUCCUGUGACCUCUGACCCUGACGAUGGUGCUGAGGGAGGUCCCCGUGGAGAGCAUCACGCGCCCUCUGGGCCGGAACGAGGUCCUCGGCCUGCUGUUCCGACUCACCAUCUUCGGGGCCGUGACCUACUUCACCAUCAAGUGGAUGGUGGACGCCAUCGACCCCACCCGGAAGCAGAAGGUGGAGGCUCAGAAACAGGCCGAGAAGUUGAUGCGUCAGAUCGGAGUGACGAACGUGAAGCUGUCCGAGUACGAGAUGAGCAUCGCAGCGCACCUGGUGGACCCCCUGACCAUGCAGAUCACAUGGAGGGACAUCGGCGGUCUGGACGACCUCAUCACAGAGUUAAAGGAGACCGUCAUCCUACCGGUUCAGAAGAGACACCUGUUCCAGGGGUCCAGACUGCUGCAGCCCCCCAAAGGCGUGUUGCUGUACGGGCCCCCGGGCUGUGGGAAAACGCUCAUCGCCAAGGCGACGGCCAAGGAGGCGGGGUUUCGCUUCAUCAACCUGCAGCCGAGCACGCUGACGGACAAGUGGUACGGAGAGUCCCAGAAACUGGCGGCUGCCGUCUUCUCAUUGGCCGUCAAGCUGCAGCCGGCCAUCAUCUUCGUGGACGAGAUAGACUCGUUCCUGAGGAGCCGGUCCAGCUCAGACCACGAGGCCACGGCCAUGAUGAAGGCUCAGUUCAUGAGUCUGUGGGACGGACUGGACACGGACCACCACUGCCAGGUGAUCAUCAUGGGCGCCACCAAUCGUCCUCAAGACCUGGACUCUGCUAUUCUGAGGAGGAUGCCCACCAGAUUCCACAUCAACCAGCCAAGCACGAGUCAGAGAGAGCAGAUCCUCAAACUCAUCCUGGAGAACGAGAGUAUUGACCGGUCGGUCGACCUCGUGGACGUCGCCAAGGAGACGGACGGUUUCUCAGGAAGUGACCUCAGAGAGAUGUGUCGUGACGCCGCUCUGCUCUGUGUCCGGGACUUCAUCCACACGCAGAGCGACAGUCCAUCAGAGGUCUGCAUCCGUCCGAUCCACCACUCUGACCUUGAGAAGGCGAUCGGUAAAAUGAAGAAAUCAAAGAUGGCGGGCGGUCACGGCGCUCUGCUGCACGCCGCUCUGGACUGAAAACACACGCACGCACACGCACACGCACACGCACACACACACAGGGUUUGAUUCCCGACCGCUCUGCUUGUCUUUAUUUUUGCUGAAGUCCAACGUUCAGAAUCUUUUCAAAUAAAGCAGAAAUGAACACAAAUAUAAAUGAAAUCAUUCUUUCCUCCUGCUCGGUUCUGAGGUUACAUCCUGUCUCUAAGUACUACAUUACCCAUGAGCCUCAGCUCAUUCCAUUGACUUCUGCAAACAGACCUUUUCUCCUUGCCUGAGCUUUUAUUCUGAAAAUCCUCCCACAGGUCUCUUAUUUCCUAAUUCUUUUAACCGGAAGUUUCCUGGAAAGAACCGUAAAAUUUGGGGUUAAUUAUCGGUAAAAUAAUGAAUUGACAUUGUUCAGAGUAUUAUUAAAAAAUGUAAUAAAUUACUUUUUAAUUUAA